UAAAAGUGCACGCAGCAACCGACAGGUCAUAUAUCAAGUACAACAAGAAGCCAUUUUCAACUCUUUAUGGGGUUGGGUCCAAUAUGUAAUUAGUAACUAAGAACAAGAAAUUCAGCGAUGCCCGUGAGAUAUGAUUUAAAGUAACAAAUUCAGUGCGGCAUUGUUUAAGAGCGGAAACAUUUGGUAUAUUACAUAAAGUCACACUGUAAUUACCUUUCUAAUGACGAUAAUGGGAGCGCCUGACUCACCCUCUUCACAAAGAUCUGUGUCGCAUGAUGUUAGAUAAUUACAUUAACACAUCAAAUGAUUGUAUUUCACAAGAUCUUUGUGAAUAAGCCUUUGCUUGGGAAGAUUUUAUCGCAUAAUUUGGCUACUGCCUUAAACAAAGACGCGGGCAAGACCGACACGUUCCAACAGUGUUUCAGGUGCUUUACCUUUCAUAAUAUAUCAAUGAUGUUUUUCGAUAGGGAUGGAAUGACGUUUUCCUGUUUUUCCUUCCUCUGAGUCGGAAGAGUGCGCGUUAUGAUAGCCAUCUAUGGUACCUGUGGACUGUGUUUAGACAUUCGCGACCAGGGCCUCAAAUGUCCUGAUACAGUUAGCUGUUCCAUAUACUUUGAGUGUAAUUUCGGGAGGUGGGUCGAGAGGCGGUGCCCCAGUGGGACUUUCUUCUCCUCCGCCUCACAGGAAUGUGGCUUCGUGUGCGACAUUUCCCCCACCUGGUGGAUAACCUCAUCAUCAACAACUACGACGCAAUCCACAACUUCUACAACUACAACUACGACACCUACAACGACAACGACAUCAACAACCACAACUACUACUCCAACCACAACAACGACAACAACCCCAACGACAACAACCACACCGACGACAACCACCAAGCCAACAACGACCACAACGACGCCAACAACAACCACAACACCAACUACAACUACAACGCCAACAACAACCACGACCAAGCCAACCACAACUACGACCAGAACGACCAUAUUUACUGUAACUCAAGAAACUACCGAGUCGUCUGUAAAUGAGGACUUAAGCAACGAUAUCCCUCCUCAGACUCCUCACUUCGAGAAGAGCACAAACCCCACUCCAACCAAUGAGAAGGAGUCUAAAGAGGCAGAAGAUGACAGACAUCUCUACAUACUCAUAGGUGGAGCUUUAGCUGGUGGGCUUAUCUUGGUGGCCAGUUUUAUCAUUCUUGUCAUUGUCCUGGUGCACAAAAGGAAGAGAAAUAGAUUGCAAAGAGAAGUCAAGGCACAGAAGUAUCAAUAUGAAUCCACUCUUGGACGCUCUGGCCAUGGGUAUAAAGGACCUUAUCUGGAGAUGGACGAUCGCAGCGUGAUCACGAUGACACCCAGCACCUUACACAGGGACAUGGCCCCGUACAGAGGUCAUCGCACCGGUCCCCUCCCCUCCAUCUCACGUGAGGAGCCACGGUACAUCCUUCACAGGAACGCUCUCAGCCGCAGUACUGACGUCCUGUACGACGAUUACACUAACACUUCUGAUGAGGCCGCGUCCGUGGACAGCUUGGAGAUGAGAACCACCCCCAGGGGAUUCCGUCCAAGAUACGACGACACCCGAUCUGUGUGCUCAAUGGCCUCUAGCCGUCCCGGCGGAAGGGGACCCCGUUACAUGGAUAGAAGAAACCCCCAACCUCACUACAACGGAUACGAUGCCGGGUAUUACAGAGCCACGCAGAGUCUCCAGAGGAACGUCCAUAACCCGGAGAGAUACCCCAACGGCCCAAGUCGCGGAAAUUCUCCAAUGUUCUCGCCUGUGUUUGAGAGUGGUCUCGCAACCAUGCCACGUGAAGAAGUGAGGAAACCGAAAAGACAAAGACAAAGGAAGCCACGUGACAGCGGCCCACAUGACAUGUUUGUGUUCAGCGAAGACUGCGUCAGUGUUGCCAGCACCCUCGAUCUGACGGAGCCCCAGACUGAGAACAAGCAGUUCACUUCGGCAAUCACUCUCCCAGAAUGAGCAGCUAAUAUAGGGAAGGACUGAGCAAGUAGUUCACAGCUGAGAGAGUAGGCCUACCGACCUCCGGAAAGUGCCGAAAACAGCCGGAGAAUGUGAAUAAAUGGCCCGGGAAACACAAAGAAUGUCUCGGAAUGGAGAUUUUGUUGCUCUGGAACAAGUAACAAGAGUUGGAAUAUUUUCAACUUGAAUUUGCAUUCCCACUUGUGGCCGUCCUAGCGCCGGGCCUUAUGCCUCUUCACACAUUUGAACAUUAAAUGAAAAAGUAACGUUUUCGAGAACUGAGAACGAAAAAUAUUUAAUGUCUGUCAUUCUACACAAUGGGACCGAGACAAAUGGGCAUACAUAUCUGAAAGUUCAGAAGUUAACGGUUGAAUAAUUACGUCUGUUAAAUGCAGACAUGUAUAUAGUGAUCAUGACUUUUUAGUAGCAGUAGAAUUAACGUAUUCGAGACAAUGAGCGCAUUUUGGUUGGCAUUUGGUAAAACGGAUCCAGCCUUAUUUGGCUAGAAAUGCACAUACCUUGCUGCCUUUGUCAUAUAUCACACGUCCUGCCUACAUGCUUGGCAUUUGUGUGUCGCGAGUGAAGCUGUGCUAAAUCACAAGUUCAAGCCAACUGUCGUUUUGCAUUUAUAUAUCUAUAUAUCGUCAUCUAAACCAUUAUCAUUCAAUUUACUAUCUUUCAGGAAUAAAUAUGUAUCUACUUGUAUA